AUGGGAAAACAAAUUCCAUUUACAUAUUCCGAUCAUACAGUUUUACUAGACAUUCCUAAUACAACUUGUAUAAAUGAACAUGCUUAUCGUCUUAUAGAUCAAUGGCGUUUACCAAUUUUUGUUUUUCCAAAAUUACAAGAAGCACUUCUAUUAUUUUUCAAUGAACAAACUCAAAUCAUUGCUGAUGAAACAACUCAAUUAGCUGUUCAACCUUUUAUUGAAGGACAAUUCGAAAUACAAACACUUCUCGAUCAAUGGUUUAAUCUUGUUCAAGAAUGUAAAGCCUACAUACAUAAUUUUGAACGACCUAGUGAUGAACAUAUUUUUUCAAAUGCAUUUCAAAAUGUUCUUCAUACAGGAAAUAAUUAUGAAUUACUUCUUCAUCUUGAAUAUAUUUAUCAAAGUGAAAUAGCAGAUAUGUUAAAACAACGUGAUAAACAAAUACAAGAAUUUGAUACAAAACAUCAUCGAGAAAUGCAAGAAGUUGUUAGUGAACCAACAGAUAAAUAUCCGGAUGUUUAUGUUCGAAAUCUUGCACAAAAACAUAUGGAAGAUAAACAGGUAGAUUAA